GAAAGCAGCUCCUCCCUCCCGCUGCCUGCGGACCGGACGGCAGCAGCAGAAAAGCACCAAUCAGCAGGAAAAUCGCGUCCUAAUUUGGGAUUUAACUCGAAGUGAAUGAGCGAGUCUUCGCUGGAGCACCGAGCUGCGCUGCCGCGACUUCACUGUGUCCCCCACCCUCUCUGAAAACACCGACAUGCUCUCCCUGGGACUCGCCGUGUCUCUGGUGACCGUGUCCUGCGCGCUGUGGCCGGCUGCGGUCCGGGCGGCGUCCUGCGAGACGGUGCGGAUCCCGCUGUGCCGGUCUAUGCCCUGGAACAUGACCAAGAUGCCGAACCAUCUCCACCACAGCACGCAGGACAACGCGGUGCUGGCCAUCGAGCAGUUUGAGGGGCUCCUGGGUACUGGCUGCAGUCCAGAUUUGCUCUUUUUCCUGUGUGCCAUGUAUGCUCCCAUCUGCACCAUUGACUUCCAGCACGAGCCCAUCAAGCCCUGUAAGGCGGUGUGUGAGCGGGCGAAGUCCGGCUGUGAACCCGUGAUGAAGCGUUACAACCACAGCUGGCCCGACAACCUGGCCUGCAGUGAGCUGCCGCUGUACGACCGUGGAGUGUGCAUCUCACCUGAGGCCAUUGUCCAGGCAGAGGGGCCAGAUCCAUACUACCAGGACCCAUCCAGGUGUAACCCAGAAUCCAGUCCAGACUUCCCAAUGGACUCCAACAACCUCCACUGCAGAGGACCGAAUGGAGAUACCUGCAGAUGUAAGCCAGUCAGAAUGAAUAUUAAAACCUACAUGAAGAACAACUACAACUAUGUGAUCAAGGCAAGGGUCAAGGAGGUGAGGAAUCGUGGCCUGGAGCCGACCGCUGUGGUGGACGUAAAGGAGGUGAUCAAGUCUUCUCUGGUCAACAUUCCCAAGAUGACGCUGACACUCUACUACUCAUCCUCCUGUCUGUGUCCUAAGCUGACUCCUGGAAAGGAUUACAUCAUUAUGGGCUACGAAAAUGAGGAGACCUCCAAGUUGCUCCUGACUGAGAAUUCCUUUGCUCAGAAAUGGAAGGAUAAAAUCUGCAGGAGGGUCAAGAAAUGGGAGCAGACGCUGCAGAAUCAACGGAGUCGCCACUGAGACCUUUUGACUGUGUGCGUGUGUGAUCGUGUGUAUGCGUGUGUAGAUAUUGCACUAUUACAAGCUGUUGUAGCUGAAUGUAGUUCAUCUCUUCAUCUGUCACUGUUUGGAGUCAGUUUUGCCAUUUAUUUUCUUUGCACAAACAUCAAUUAGUAUGUGUCUUGUGCGUGUCUUGUGCGUGUAUGUGCGAGUGUGUGUGUGCGUGUAUGUGUGUGUGUGUGUGUGUGUGUGUGUGUGUGCAUGUGUGUAUACACCUAAAGCACUCAGUUAAGAUGCCAGAGGGAGGAGCUUUAAAGAUGAAGUACUAAACCUGCGUGCAGCCAUGUAUUAUGUACGUGACACUUUUUUGGAACACUUUUUUUUUCGUUUUUUUGUUUUCCUGUGGCUAUGUUGGCUACACAGCUCCUCUGCGUGGUUACAAUUUUCAUUAACCCUAGAUGUCGGCCAUGUUACCAUGGUGAUGGGAUGCGAUGGGAUGGAAGACAUUUAAAUGAUACGAAAGCCGUUUGGACUUGGACACUUUGAAUUCAUCUGUAAUCAUGACCUGACCUCUGCUGAGCUCUUAAGAAAAUGAAACAUGGAUAUUCAGGCUGUGUUCAGACAACAGUGAGAGUAACGACAGCAAAAGCAGCAGCAGAAAGUUGUGUUACUCAGUAUUAUUACAUCCAUCUAUGGAUGGAUUACUGAAUAGGCCUCAUAAGUAAGUAAGUAAGUAAAACUUUAUUUAUAUAGCACCUUUUAUAGAUAAAAUCACAAAGUGCUUUACAAUAUGCAAGUAAAAUAAAUAACAAUAGCUGAAAUAUAUUACUAGACAAAUUACAAGAGUAUGAGAGAGAGGAGACAGAGUAGAGGUCAAGCCGCACACAGGCGCCAUCUUGCUGUUUUUUAUAACCACCUGGGUCACAGCCUCCUAUUUUGGUGAUCUCCAACAAAUAACUGCAAAGAGGUGCAAAACCAUUACAAAGACGCACAGAGAUGGCAAACAAUUGGGAGACCAACAACAAUAUAGAGACACAACUGAUCACAAAGAGAUAAAAAUUUACUAAAAGUUUAAGUGGCUUCAAAGAGAUACAAAGUGAAUGCAAAGAGACGCAAGGUGACCACAGAUUGGGUCCAUUUGUAAUUAGUGACUACACAGAGACACAGUGACACACCAUCUUUGUGCUAGUUUUUUGUCUCUUUGUAAUAAAUUUGUGGUUUUCAGUCUAGCAGUGGGAGAGAGUUUAAACUCGUCUGUGCCCAGCAAGCUGUUGUUAUAUUGUGCGUUCAAGGAUCAAGCGCUUCACAUAAUCAUUUGUCAGAGCACAAAGUGAUGCAGAAGUAAGGACUGUGAGCAGACUGUGACCUGAAUUUGCUGUGCAAGUUUCACUUCAUCUAAAUUCUGUGUGGCACCGUCUUUAAAUCUGAGUGAAAUUGCAUAUUUAAAAUUCACAUUAUGUAAAUUUGUUAUGAACAACAAAUUAAAAAAAAAAAUUUUGUAACAUUUAACAGCACAUAAAGAAUAAAAGCAACCAAAAGUUUACUGCUUAGUUUCUCCACUAACUCUUAACUGAAGUAUACGAGUUUGUCAUCGGCUGAAGUCACGAGACUGUUUUAAAUCUUGAGUGACACAUAACGUUUGUUUUUGUGUUUGUGACAGAUGUCGAAUUACAGUUUCACUGCACUUCUGUUUUACAGAUAUUUAUUCUCUUCCAUCAGAUCUGGCCAACAAACAAAUUUCAGCAUGUUUCCUGCAUUGUUCACUGUUAAUAUUUGUACAACCCGCACCAUAACCAAUAUGAAAUUGAUUUCUGAGUAAAAUGUUAAAUGGAAGAGGAAAGUGGCCGUGCCUUAAAGGGAUAGUUCACCCCAAAAUCAAAUGUAAUCAACCACAGCGUGCGUAAGGAUCCACACAUCCACUCAUGCCAGGGUGAGAACACCAACAGCUUCAGCUGAACUGAAGUAUUGGCUUGAUAAUUCUAUAGCUGAUGCCUCCAAAGUGGACAUUUUGCACCAAAAAUCUAGAUGCAUAAAUGGACAGAGCAGAGGAAAAAUAUGAACAAUGUAUUUGGUGGUGAUCUAUCCUUUUCCUCACUAUGAAAUAUCUGUUUUUGUACGUUUCAGUAAAUGUGAAGAGCAACUGGAAGCAAGCAAACUCCAGGUCAUUUUUUUUUCAUUGUUUAUGACUAAAAAAAAUAUAUCUGUAUGUGAUAAAGUCCUAAAAUUGUGGUCAAUAGUGCAGUGUUCACCAAAUUAUACGUGCCUUUUUAAUACCAUGUGGGAUGCAGUUCAUAAAUUAUUCAAAGAAUGACUGAAAACACAUGAAGACAGACAAAAAGUCCUUAAAUGUGUGAACUGUCACAUUUCUUGUAAAUUCUAGUAAUAUUAAUCAGUAUUACAUGGAUCCUGUAUUGGUACGUCGCUCUUGUUGAUCACAGAAGCCCCACCCACCUGUUUAUGAGGGACAGCCAAUCAGAAGAAAGUGGUCUUUAAUGGCUCAGGACAGAGGGUGAACUGAGGCCUACUAUAAGAUAAAUAAGGAUUACCUUGAGCUGUGAAUCGUGCAAAACUAAUCGAGUAGAAUCCAAGAAAAAAAAUGGCGGUGGAAAAGAGCAUAAUAUUGUCUCAUGUGUCAUGGAACCAAAUUAGCGUCAUUAAAAAUUGAAAAAAAAAAAAAAAAAUACAAAACAUUUUUAAAAGCCUUUUUAACACAUUAUUUUUGAUGGGACUUAAAAAGGCUUUUCAAGAGCUGUGGGUACUGUUUAUGGAGUAUAGUAUUACAGCGAUUUUUGGUCGCAGCCAGUAACUUUGUGCAAUGAUGAUGCUGCUGACACAAGUACUACAUACUGAUGGCACACAUGAAAUGCAUUAUAUUGUACAGAAUGUGUUGUUAGGUUAUCUGGGGAGUGGAUGUAUUGAUGAUGAAGCAUAUGAACAUGUGGCUUUUGGGCGGACUGACAGUAAAAAUGAUCGCUAGUGUUGGUGGCAUGACGGAGGCACGUUGGCCUCAUUAGCUUUAAGCAUUCCCUUUUAUUUCAUUGGAUGCGAGUCACUUGCAUCUCAAAACUGUUUGGCCAUCUCAUUCUGCCCCACUUUUUCAAAAUUUUACCACUUCCAGCUGUGUUUUCCCUACUGUGACAUGUCAAAUGUGACCAAAGUCAGUCUUUUUCAUUUCACCGCGAUGUGCUGCUGCUGUCUGAACACAGCCUCAGAUGAACGGUAUUCUAAUUGUUGCACAUUUACUCUGUUCAUGUAAACAGACUAACACUCAGUACCACUCUGCUCUGUACUAACACCCUGAUAUGUUGGACUCUGGACUUCUUGGUGCAGUUUGAACCAUUAAACGUGAAUUUAGACAACACGGUCAAA